AUGGGGAUUGAGAAUUGGGGAUUGGGAAAGAGUAUUGUUUUAAACAUCUCUCUUUCCUUGAUUACAUCUUGUAAUCAAAAUUUUCAUAACAUCCGUUAUGAAAAUGUCGGUGUGUCUUGGUGUUUGGAAAUGAUAAACAGCAAAUCUACAGAAAGAAUCAACGCGUCUCACUAUUGUGUACAGAAUAUAUUGUACACUUACAGAGAUAAGAAUAAUAAGUCUGACACAAAACUGAAUAAGACUUUAUGCGAGGCGCAUAAGAAAGAAUUAAUUGAUACGAUUCUGUCAUAUUUGUUAAAUUGGCUUGCUUUGGUGUCUGGAAAUUAUGAACAGCACGUCUACAAAAAAAGUCAACGUGUCUCACUAUUGUGUACAGAAUAUAUUGUACACUUACAGAGGCAAGAAUAA